GAGUGACCUGCUUUCAACACCCAGAGCCAGUGAUGCAACGCCGUGUCAACUCCUGUGAAAGAUUCCUCCUCAUACUCGGGGCACAGAAGUAAGGAUCACGGAAGGAUGCUGGCUGUGGUCCAUGAACUCACAGGAAUUAUGAGCCAUCUUUGAGGAGGGAAUCUGUCCGUCUGAAGAGAGACCCAAAGGGAAAUCAGACAAGUAAAGACGUGCAGCUGCAGCAAGGGGACAAAAUGGAUGAAGAGGAGGAAAAAGAGACGAAAACCAUGUCUCAGCCCCAAAGCAAAAUGAAGGACCGGCUCCCAGACCUUCUGGCGUUAACCAGGCAGUGUGACCAGCAGUCCCCAGGCGAGGUCGAUGACUUGGACGCGCCCCACGAGGACAUCGUGUUCGAGACGGAUUACCUCCUGGAGUCCUUGUAUCGGGACGUCAAGGACCUUCAGCAUGAAAACCAGCAGCUGAUGGGCGACGUGAAGCGGCUGGGCAAGCAGAACGCUCGCUUCCUCACGUCCAUGCGGCGCCUCAGCAGCAUCAAGCGGGACACCAACUCGAUUGGCAGGGACAUCAAGGCGCGGGGCGAGGGCAUCUACCGCAAGCUGUGCGCCAUGAAGGCGCUGAGCGAGGCGGCCGAGGCCCAGCACGGCGCGCACUCGGCCGUGGCGCGCAUCUCGCGCGCGCACUGGAGCGCGCUCUCCCGCGCCUUCCAGAGCGCCAUGCACGAGUACAGCGAGGCCGAGAUGAAGCAGCGCGACUACUGCAAGAUCCGCAUCCAGCGCCAGCUGGAUAUCAUGGGCAAGGACGUCUCGGGCGACCAGAUCGAGGACAUGUUCGAGCAGGGCAAGUGGGACGUCUUCUCCGAGAACCUGCUGGCCGACGUGAAGGGCGCGCGCGCGGCCCUCAACGAGAUCGAGAGCCGCCACCGCGAGCUGCUGCAGCUGGAGAUCCGCAUCCGCGACUUGCACGACCUCUUCAAGCAGAUGGCCCUGCUGGUGGAGGAGCAAGGCGACACCGUGGACACCAUCGAGCGCAACGUGGAGAAGACCCUCGACUACACCGGCCAGGCCAAGAUGCAGGUGGGCAAGGCGGUGGAGUACAAGAAGAAGAACCCCUGCCGGACCCUCUGCUGCUUCUGCUGCCCCUGCCUCAAAUAGCAGGCCGGACCGGGGGCCACCGCGCCCCGCCCCCCACAGGAAUGGGCCAGGAAGCACCCUGGGAAAGAUUGGGGCCCUCUGCGCUGGGGUGAGCUGUCCCAGUCCCCGUGGGCCUCAGUCUUUAGAGAAAGAAGAAACUCAAGGUCCAAGAAUUCCAGCUCAGCUGUGCUUGGGAGGAUGGUUGAUGCCGUCGGUGUUUCUUCAGUGAAGGCAGAUACCUGCUGGAGCUGUGUGGUCAUUAGGGUGCCCUUUGCACCCUUGCCCUCUGAACGGAAGCCAAAUGAGGAACUGACAUUGUAGCGUACUGUAGGGUCAGUGUCCCAGGCACGUUUUGUAAUGAAACUCUAGGAGGAAGUCAGUUCUGCCUCGGCUAACAGCAUGAACUCAUUACCAAAACUUAAAUUCGUUUACUCUAUCCUGAAAGUACCUUGGUUCUGUUCAAUUUCAUGUGAAAUUGACUGUAGGGGAAACUGUAGGUCUUUCAUUUGUGAUUCUUCAUCUGGCAUAUGGUAUGUGAUUCCUGACUACAUGUAUAUCUUCUUUCUGCUCACCUCCCCAACUUAUUAAAAUCACAUUUAACACUCACUAUUUCCUUACAUCUUUCACUUUUUUUUUUUUUCCUGAGGAAGAUUCGCCCUGAGCUAACAUCUGUGCCAAUCUUCCUCUAUUUUGUAUGUGGGCCACUGCCACAGCAUGGCUUGAUGAGUGGUGUAAGUCUGUGCCCGGGAUCCGAACCUGGGAACCCCCAAGGUGGAGGGUGCAGAACUUAACCACUACGCUGCCACCGGGCGGGCCCCUCUUUCACUUUUAAUAUCUUCCAUUGGAAUGUAUUUUGGGAUUUUUGUUUGUUUGUUUUUUGAGGAAGAUUGGCCCUGAGCUAACAUCUGUUGCCAAUCUUCCUCCUUUUUCCCUUUUUCCUCCCCAAAGCCCCAGUAGAUAGUUGUAUGUGAUAUCCUUCUCGUUAUUCUAUGUGUGAUGCCACCUCAGCAUGGCUUGGUGAGCAGGGUGUAGUUCCACGCCCAGGAUUUGAAGCGGCAAACCCUGGGCCACCGAAGUGGAGCUGGCAAACUAACUGCUACACCACUGGGCUGACCCUGAGGGAUUUUUUUCCCAAAUGUUUUUAAGCACUGAGUAUUGAACAAGCACUCAAAUUGAGGGAGGUAUCAGUGACAUUUUAUAUAUUUUUCAUAAGUAAAAAUUAUUUAAAACUUAUCUUUCUACUUGAUUAUUACGAAUGCACAUAUAUAUGUAAAUGUAAAGUACUAAUAUUCACUAACGCAUGUACAUAAUGACUGAUUUAACUGUACUUUUGUAAAUAUGGUACAUAAAUAUCAAGAAAAACACUUUUGCUGGUUUUUGGUGUUGAUUGGCUUGUUUUGAGUUUAUCUCACUCCUGUCUGCAUCCCCAUAGUCCAGUUUGGGUCAAAACUUUAUUUUGAACAACUCUGUAUUGGUUAUGGUGGUAAAGACAGAUGUCAAAGGCUGAAAAUGCAUACAGAACGAGAGAUAAUAAAAUAACGCUUUUAGAAAUAUUA